GCAGGCUUCUUGGGCGAGAAGAAAAGAAGCUUACCCAAUUACCCGCUUUAUAAAUAUCCAGCGACCUACCAAAGUUCCCAAUUUCAGAUCCCUCUGUUUUCCCAUUCUCUUUCAACUCUCUUCAAUUCCAUGGCGAACCAACCCGAGUCCUCCGAUGCUAAGGGAACAAAGAGAGAUUUCAGUACCGCGAUCUUGGAGCGCAAGAAGGCGCCCAACCGACUCGUCGUUGACGAAGCCGUAAACGAUGACAACUCCGUCGUCGCGCUCCACCCUGAUACCAUGGAUAAGCUCCAGCUUUUCCGCGGAGACACAAUUCUUCUCAAGGGCAAGAAGAGGAAGGAUACUGUCUGUAUUGCCCUUGCCGAUGAUACCUGUGAGGAGCCCAAGAUACGGAUGAACAAGGUCGUCAGGAGCAACCUUAGGGUUAGACUCGGUGACGUUGUCUCCGUUCACGCAUGCCCUGAUGUUAAGUACGGAAAGAGAGUGCACAUUCUUCCCGUCGAUGACACCAUUGAGGGCGUUACUGGGAAUCUCUUCGAUGCUUACUUGAAGCCUUAUUUCCUUGAGGCAUAUAGACCAGUGAGGAAAGGUGACUUGUUUCUUGUGAGAGGUGGGAUGAGAAGUGUAGAGUUCAAGGUUAUUGAAACCGAUCCUGCAGAGUAUUGUGUUGUUGCUCCUGACACUGAGAUCUUCUGUGAGGGUGAGCCUGUUAAAAGGGAAGAUGAGAAUCGGUUGGACGAGGUUGGUUAUGACGAUGUUGGUGGUGUUAGAAAGCAGAUGGCACAGAUUAGGGAACUGGUGGAACUGCCAUUGAGGCAUCCACAGUUGUUCAAAUCUAUUGGUGUUAAGCCACCUAAGGGAAUUCUGCUAUAUGGACCCCCCGGGUCUGGUAAGACUUUGAUUGCUCGAGCUGUUGCAAAUGAAACUGGAGCCUUCUUUUUCUGCAUUAAUGGUCCUGAGAUCAUGUCAAAAUUGGCUGGUGAGAGUGAAAGCAAUCUGAGGAAGGCAUUUGAAGAAGCUGAGAAGAAUGCACCCUCUAUUAUCUUCAUUGAUGAGAUAGAUUCGAUAGCUCCAAAGAGGGAGAAGACUCACGGGGAAGUUGAGAGGAGAAUUGUUUCCCAGCUCUUGACUCUCAUGGAUGGUCUUAAAUCACGUGCCCAUGUAAUUGUUAUUGGAGCCACAAAUCGUCCCAAUAGCAUUGACCCUGCCCUUAGGAGGUUUGGUAGGUUUGAUCGGGAGAUAGAUAUUGGCGUUCCAGAUGAGGUUGGUCGCCUUGAGGUUCUUCGUAUACACACAAAAAAUAUGAAGCUUUCUGAUGAUGUUGAUUUAGAAAGGAUUGCUAAGGACACACACGGAUAUGUUGGUGCUGAUCUGGCUGCUUUGUGUACUGAAGCCGCACUUCAAUGCAUCAGAGAGAAAAUGGACGUCAUUGACUUGGAGGAUGAGUCCAUUGAUGCUGAGAUACUAAACUCAAUGGCAGUGUCAAAUGAGCAUUUCCAGACUGCUCUUGGAACAAGCAAUCCUUCUGCUCUCCGAGAAACAGUCGUUGAAGUGCCCAACGUCAGCUGGGAAGAUAUUGGUGGUCUUGAGAAUGUGAAGAGAGAACUUCAAGAGACUGUUCAAUAUCCAGUGGAACACCCUGAGAAAUUUGAGAAGUUUGGAAUGUCACCUUCAAAGGGGGUUCUUUUCUAUGGGCCUCCGGGUUGUGGUAAAACCCUUUUGGCAAAGGCUAUUGCCAAUGAAUGCCAGGCGAACUUCAUCAGUGUCAAAGGUCCCGAACUACUUACCAUGUGGUUUGGAGAAAGUGAGGCUAAUGUGAGGGAAAUUUUUGAUAAAGCUCGUGGUUCUGCUUCUUGUGUUCUAUUCUUUGAUGAACUUGACUCUAUUGCAACUCAGAGGGGCAGCAGCGUAGGAGAUGCUGGUGGUGCUGCUGACAGGGUUUUGAAUCAAUUGCUUACAGAGAUGGAUGGUAUGUCAGCGAAGAAAACCGUGUUCAUCAUUGGGGCCACUAAUCGACCAGACAUUAUAGAUCCUGCUCUUCUGCGACCGGGCCGUCUGGAUCAAUUGAUUUAUAUCCCACUCCCAGAUGAGGAUUCCCGUCAUCAGAUAUUUAAAGCUUGUUUGAGAAAAUCUCCUGUUUCAAAAGAUGUUGACCUUAGAGCUCUGGCCAAGUAUACUCAGGGCUUCAGUGGUGCAGAUAUCACUGAAAUUUGCCAGCGUGCAUGCAAGUAUGCUAUAAGGGAGAACAUUGAGAAGGACAUUGAGAGAGAGAGGAGGAAAAGAGAUAACCCUGAGGCAAUGGAAGAGGAUAUUGAAGAGGAAGAGGUAGCUGAAAUCAAGGCAGCUCAUUUUGAG